GGGAAGUCCUGCUCCACGCUCUAGCCAUGGGUGAGGUGAGGAGCUUGCCGGGGGGUGGGAUCGUUUACGCCCCAUGUCUCUCCCUCUAGGGAGGGAGGUUUGCUGCACUGCUGUAGCCUUCAGUGUAGCUGCUACCUAGGCCAAUAGGAGGGGUUCUGUUGCUGCAGUUACUCCACCUCUCUGACAGGUUUCAGAGUAGCAGCCCUGUUAGUCUGUAUUCGCAAAAAGAAAAGGAGUAUUUGUGGCACCUUAGAGACUAAUAAAUUUAUUUGAGCAUAAGCUUUCGUGAGAGUUGUCUACCGUAGUGGCAGAGCUGCAUCAUUGAAGAUGUUCAUGCUACCUAUGCAGAUGGGGAGAGCUACUCCUGUUGGCAAAGAACUUAAUACAUACAAUAGUAAAAGCUCUACAUGAAAGCUGAGGACUAAUGACAUGUUAAUGGAGUAUAAUCAAGACGUACAGAUUAGGACAAGUAAAAGCAGACAACCUGACCGACUGAAAAACAAAGUGAAUAACAUAUUAUUAGAUAACUUUGACUGUCCUGAGGAUGCAACUGAUGAGGAGCAAGAAGACUUACCUUAUGAUGGAGACCUAGAAAAAACGUAUCGCCACAAUAAUGAAUCAAAGAAUUUGAAAGCCUGUGCUUCUGUAGAAAGCAUUUCUGAUAAUUUCUUAAAUUUGACUUGUUCUGAAAUUAACAAAAGUUUAAAAGAAGAAAUAAAUGAUGAAAGACAACAGCUAUCUCAAGGAAAGGUCUUCAGCCACCGUACACCUGCCACAAGAACAAAUGGAAUAAUGAUUGAAAUGGCAAUGGAAGCUCCUGUGAGUGGCAUGUCUUUCGAGACAGAAUUAUCAGUUGGAGCUUUUAGCAGCCCAGAUAGGAAGGAACAUUUCACCAACUCAAAAAUUUCUGAUGUUCUUUUGCGUCAUUUUUCCAAAGAAGAGUUAUCAAACGCAAGCCAAUUAAUUGAUUGUGAGACUAUCCCAGAGACAUCCUUUACUGAAAGUGUUGAUGAAACUGUCCUCACUAAACCUAGGAUUUCAGAAUGCACCAAGCCCACUUUACUAACAGAACAAUGGGCAAAGUAUUUUGAAGACUAUUAUUUGAACAGACAAGAAGAAACAUCUGAAGAUGAUUACAAAGAUAAAAAUUUGCUAGAUGAAAAUAAAUUUGUUAUAGAUGACAGAGCUACUUCUUAUGGUGAUGAGAAAGACUGCAUACAAGAAAAUUCACAGUUGAUAGCUGAAAAUGAAGAUACAAAUAAUUUCCAAAACAUAAGAAAAAAUCACAGUUAUCAAAAAGGUUUGUUUGAAGGAACAGGUUCCUCUCAUGAACUCAAAUAUGGCCAAGGCCAAGUUAAUUAUUGUCUUCCUGACUUCUCUAAAGUUGCUCCAAAAGUCAAAAUACCAAAAAGAAAUAGCAGUGAUAAAUCAGCUCCCAUAAUGAAAAGAACCAAAUUCUCGCCUAAUUUGAUUGGUAAAUCAGCAAUUGUGAACGAUGUUUUAGAAACUAUGAAUUAUUUUGAUUCUGUUGAAGUAAAGAAUCAAGAAGAAGAAAUGAGAAUUCCUGAACUUUUACAACAGCUAGAGUUGCUGACAAAACAUGCUGAGGCUCAGAAUCGUAUUGAUCAUUUGAGGUUUGAUCCUAAGAUAUAUCCUCAUUCAGCUUCUUCUAAUCCAAACCUUUCCAGUCACUCAAGAUGUAUGGGUGCAGCUUCUGAAGAGUUUAUAUUUCAUCCCCUUACUGUUCCUAUCCAGCCUAUGCUUGAUUUGUCCCAAGCAUCUUUUGCAGGAUUACAAUCUGGGAGAAUGAUUUCAUCAUUACUGUCAGCCAGUGCAGAAGCAGAAAUACACUGUUUAAAUCAUAACUUGAUGGAAAAUACAACAAAAGGAGAAAAGAUGUCUCAAAUGCUAAAGGAGCAGGCAGAGCAACUGAAAGCUAAAGUGGAAGAAUUUUCUAAAUGUGUAAUACAGGAGGCCUUACCUUUGCAAGAUCGCUGUUUGGUAUUAAAGGAACUAAGAGGAUACCUUGAAACAUUGGAACGGAAAUAUUUAGCCACUAAGGAGGAGCAUCGUGGUUUACUGCUACAGAACUACAAUCGCAAAGCCGUAAGCGUUGGCGAGUUUGAUCCCGACAGAAAGGUGGAGGGGGAAAUAUUUAGGCUUGGUAUGCUACUUGAAGAUGUCAAAGAGAAAAUUGAUGACAAUAUAUAUAGUCCAUGUCCAUCUUCAUUCACAACAUUUCCUACGUCUCCUUCGCUCACUCCAUGUGAAUCUGCGUGUUCAUCCUGUUCUCAUCUUCGUGAGAGCCCUGUGGUUUCAAGCAUUAGUGAUCCUCCAGAAAGGUCUGCUACUGAAGUGAAUUUUCAUAAUAAUGAAAGGACCGAGGGAGAUAAGAGAAGUCAUGCUAUUGAUGUGGUCCCAAAGAAAAACAGUCAGCUUUCUUUACAAGAUGACAAUUGUGAUCCUUUUCCUGAAAUCCAAUUGGGAUUACAAAAAAGAGAUGCAUCUGUCUAUGUAAAAGGAAUGGAGCCCCUGGAAAAAUCAGGACUGCUAGCAAAUAAGCACUCUUCAGAUGUAAUGCAGUGCUUCCUUCCACCUGAGGCAGACAAUGGGUCUGGAGGCCUGGAAUCCCACAGGCAGCUUAUAUUAAGUCAAAAAUUUAACACUGAUCAAGAAAACCCAAAAGGGAAUUUAAACUUCUGGCAAAUGACAUCUCCACCCAAAACCAAGCCUUACAACAUGUGCAAUUUGGAACACAAAAUUAUUAAUCUAAAUGUGCGGCAAGAGCAAGGCAAUUUAGCACAUCCAUCAGAUCAUUGUUUUUGUGGAAGGGUAGAAAACUGUUCAAAUGCACAUGAUGAUGCUCUAUAUCCCAAAUGGAAAAUAGACUGGUCAAAAAAUGCAAACAAAGAACUUUGUUCCUGUUCUGUUAAUAGAAAUAAAAACACAGAGGACAGAAAAACUGAUAGUGAAAAGUCAAAAUGUGGACAGUAUUCAGUCUUCAUUCAAGAAAAAGCAGUGGCGCUAGAUUUGUCAGGCACUAACCUUUGCAGUGAUUCAGAAGACAUCUCAUUCUGUGAUUCCUUUGAUGAGUCACACAGUGAUGAAUUUCUGGAACACAGGACUAAAAAUUAUAAAACACGUAGAGCCGGAUUAAAAGAACAAAGCAAAGGUCUCAGCUGGAGGUGCAAUAGGCGAAACAGAGAUUGGUUUAAACUUGGGAAUUAUAAAGAAUUUGUUCAGUCCUGCACCUUAUGUAGAAAUAAAAACCUCAGUUCAACUCCCUUACAAUACAGGGAUUGGAAUAUAAAUUUCUGCACUAGUUGUCAAAGAAACAAAUGCAGCAGGGAAUCUGACAAGAAUAAUAUUGCUUCUUCACAGAAGAAAAGAAUUGCCGCUGAUAGUGUUUUUACAAGUAAGCAGCCAGAUCCAUUUGUAUACAGUCUUUCUGACAAAGACAAUUUAGAGGCUCCCAAAACCUGCUACUCAAGGAUGCAUGAUACAAUUAUCUUUUCACCUCAAUACCUAGCCAGCAGGAAGGUUUAUGGAAGUAAAUCAAUGAUCAAUAUUAGAAACAAACACAUCAGUGAUACUGACACAAAGAUUUUAAACUCUACUUUGGAUCAUGCAAUACAGACUGCAACCAGUUUGAAGGAAACUACAGAACGAAUGGUACAAGUAGUUGCAGAAGAUCUAGCUAAAGUCAAAACUCAUCGAACUAAGCAGUUUUUUAGCUGGCCUGUUUCAAACAUUUGAAUUUGUCAGCUGAAAUGUAGAGACAGAACUCUGAGUUGUGAAAAAUUGGAUUAACAAAUAGUACAAAAGUUAGGAGAGCAGCUGCCCUUAUGUGUGGUAUUAGCAACAGGUUAAGAGCAGAAAAACAGAGUGCCAGGUUUAUAAACCAAGAGCCCUUGAAAGCUGUCACAUCUGUUAGUGAAGAAUGGCUAUAGAGCUGACUUCCCUCAGCCUUCAAUAAUGGUAGUUCUUUAUAGAAUUGCUCUAGGUAACCAAGCUUAGCUGUAGUUUCUAAAAUGUGUAAUUUGGGGCCAGGAGGAGAACAUCUCAUUCAUCAGUGUGUUCUCAGCAGUAUCACAGCCCAGCUCUGUAUCCUGCUUGUUACUGAACAUCACAGAGGGAAAUAACUGAAACCCUUUGUUUCUGGAUAAUCUUUUAAAAAUGAGUUUUAGCUGUGACAUUGAAUAUGUCCUUCAAAAAUUGACAAAGAAUAGGCUGUAUUGUUAAGCAUCUGCUUUUGUGCAUCUCAGUAAAUGCUCUUUCAUCACUCCUGUUUAUAUUCCAAAAUGUCAGUAUCUGUACAGUGACAUUCUUAGUAUCUGUUGGAUUUAGCUUUCAUCAAACAGCAAAUACAAAUCUUCAGCUAUUUCAGCAUUAUGAAUAAAAAAAUUACAAAGGGGAUAAGCUUCUCCUAUGCCUGUACAGAAAUUUGUCACUAGUAAACUGAUUGUAUAUGUAUUCUGAAAUGCAGCGAGAGUGAUUUAGUGCAUGAAGCUUGGCGAUUAAGGACCAAUCACACACAGAUACUACUAGCAUUCUUUUUAAUAACAAAAUAUAGUCUCCCUACUGUGUGAAGUUAACUCCCAAAUAUGCAUGGGUAAAGGGGAAGGGGUCUCAUAACUGGCCUCAAAGAUUGUGACCAUAGUUAAAAGAAACAAAGGUCAAGUAUACUGAGUAAUACUUGGAAGAAGAUUGCUCUUACUUUUCCCCGUCUAGGGGUGGGUUAGAUGUCUGAACAGUGUUGAUCUAUACAGUGUCUAGAUUUGAUUUUGACAAAUAGAAACUAGUUGAGAAUUUGAAAGUAGAAGGCAGGUUGGGUCAAAGUGGUAGAGUUCAUGAUUCUAAGGAGUGGUAGGAGGGAGAACAGCAAAAUAAAGACAAUGGAUUUCAAGAAGGUAGACUUGAGCAAACUCAGGGAGUUGGUAGGUAAGAUCCCCUGGGAAGCAAGUCUAAGGGGAAAAACAAUUGAAGACACUUAACAGUUUUUCAAAGAGACAUUAUUAAGGGCACAAGAGCAAACUGUCCCACUGCAUAGGAAAGAUAGGAAGUAUGGCAAGAGAACACCUUGGCUUAACCAGGAGAUCUUCAAUUAAAUCAAAAGAGAAUCCUACAAAAAGUGGAAACUAUGUCAAAUUACAAAGCAUGAAUAUAAACAAACAAGUAUGUAGGGAAAAAAAUAGAAAGGUCAAGGGACAAAACAAAAUCAAAGUAGCUAGAGACAAAGGGUAACAAGAAAACAUUCUACAAAUACAUUUGAAGCAAGAGAAAGAUCAAGGACAGGGUAGGCCUGUUACUCAAUGAAGGAGGAAAAAUAACAGAAAAUGUGGAAAUGGCAGAGGUGCUUAAUGAUUGCUUUGUUUUGAUUUUCACCAAGAAGGUUGGUGGCAAUUGGAUGUCUAACAGUGAAUAUGAGGCAGGAUCAGAGGCUAAAAUAGGGAAAGAACAAGUUAAAAAGACAAAUUAGAUGUCUUCAGGUCACCAGGGCCUGAUGAAACACAUCCUAGAAUACUCAAGGAACAGACAGAGGAGAUAAUUGAGCCAUUUGUGAUUAUCUUUGAAAAGUCAUAGAAGACAGGAGAGAUUUCAGAAGACUGGAAAAGGGCAAAUAUAGUGCGAAUCUAUAAAAAGGGAAUUACAGACCAGUCAUCUUAACUUCUAUAUCCGGAAAGAUAAUAAGGUGAUAAGUAACAGCAUGGAUUGUCAAAAACAAAUUGCAUCAAACCAACGCGAUAGCUUUCUUUGACAGGGUAACAAGCCUUUGUGGAUGGGGGGAAAAUGGUAGACGUAAUAUAUCUUACCUUUAGUAAAGCUUUUAAUAAAGCCUUACAUGACCUUCUCAUACACAAACUAGGGAAAUGCAAUAUAGAUUGAACUACUGUAAGGUAAGUGCAAAACUGGUUGGAAAACCUUUCCCAGAGAGUAGUUAUCAGUAGUUCAGUCAUGCUGGAAGGGCAUAAUGCAUGGGGUCCUGCAGGGAUCAGUUUUGGAUCUGGUUCUGUUCAUCAACAUCAAUAUCUUCAUCAAUUAUUUAGAUGACAGCAUAGAGAGUAAAGUAUACUUAAAGUUUGUGGAUGAUACCAAGUUGGGAUGUGUUGUAAGUGUUUUGGAGGAUAGGAUUAAAAUUCAAAACGAUCUGGACAGACUGGAGAAAUGGCCUGAAGUAAACAGGACAAAAUUCAAUAAGGACAAAUGCAUAGUGCACUUAGGAAGGAACAAUCACAAUCAGUUGCACACAUACAAAAUGGGAAAUAACUGUCUAGAAAGGAGUACUGCAGAAAGGGAUCUGGGGGUCAUAGUGGAUCACAAGCUAAAUAUGAGUCAGAGUAACACUGUUGCCAAGUAAAACAUCAUUAUGGGAUGUAUUAGAAGGAGUUUUGCAAGCAAGACACAAGUAGUAAUUCUUAUGCUCUUCUCUGUGCUGAUUAGGCCUCAACUAGAGUAUUAUGUCCAGUUCUGGGUGAUGUUUCAGGAAAGAUGUGGACAAACUGGAGAAAGUCCAGAGAACAAAAGUAAUUAAAGGUCUAAAAAACAUGACCUAUGAGGGAAGAUUGAAAAAAAAUUGUGUUUAGUCUGGAAAAGAGAAGACUGAGAGGGGACAUGAAAACAGUUUUCAAGCAUAUAAAAGGUGUUACAAGGAGGAGGGAGAAUUGUUCUCCUUAACCUCUGAGGAUAGGACAAGAAGCAAUGGGCUUAAAAUUGGAUCAAAAGAGGUUUAGGUUGGACAUUAGGAAAAACUUCCUGUCUGGGUGAUUAAGCACUGGAAUAAAUUGCCUAGUCACUGGAGAUUUUUAAGAGCAGGUUAGACAAACACCUGUCAGGAAUGAUCUGGAUAAUACUUAGUCCUGCCCCGAGUGCAGGGCACUGGACUGACUUCUCCAGGUCCCUUGCAGUCCCAUGAUUCCAUGUCCCAUAAGAUAGGGAGAUGGUCACAAUUCAUGUAAAGUUUUACACCCCCUACUUUGGCUUUGGAGUGAGCCACUAACAGUUUAUGGUUUAUAUGCGAGUUUUUUUGUGUUUGUUUUUUUUAAUUUAACUGCAGCAUAGCUAUUUUCUCCAUUAGUUAAAACUAGCCACUGAUAGUGACUAGAGGAAGCAGUAAAGCUGAGCAAUUCUUUUUUUAAAAAAAGGUAAAUGUUUAGUUUACAUAGCAUGCAGCAACUCAAACAUGAGAAACUACAAUAAUUAUUUUUGGACUAUAGUGUAGUAAUCAGAUUUCUUGUUGUCAAGCAUCUCUAUACAGCCAGUUAACUGGCAAUCAUCCUUAUUAGCCACUGUUUGGAUUAGGUUUUUUUUGCAAGAUUGGUCCUGCUUUGAGCAGGGAGUUGGACUAGAUUACCUCCUGAGGUCCCUUCCAACCCUGACAGUCUAGGAUUCUAAGAGCAGAAUGCUAGAUUUAGGUUAUUAAAACCACUUGGUUUUGUUAUGUGCAGACCAUUUAAACAAACCCAAGAGGACAGAUUCACAUUAGCAUUUUAAAACACAGGUGCUGGAACUAGCGGUGCUGCUGCACCCCUGGCUUAAAGCGAUUUCCAUCAUAUAUGGGGUUUAACAGUUUGGUUCAAUGGCUCUCAGCACCCCCACUAUACAAGUUGUUCCAGCAGUUAUUUUAAAACAUCAACUUUUAUCAUGAUUUAAGUCAGGGAGCCGGAAAUUUUGAUUCAAAUUGAUUUUAAUCACAUUUUGCAUUUGUACUUAAAUUAGUUGUUCUAAAGAAAGGUUCAUUACCAUUGCAAUUAGUUGCAAAACAACAUUAUAUUUGGAGACUGCACUAUACCGAUACACAUUUAUUCAGAUUCUUAACUUUUACAUUGAUAGAAAAUGGUGAAUGAUUUUUUACUAGCUUUAUUUUACUCUAGAUUUUAUGUCAAGCUGUAAUUGGAGAGAAACAAUUCAAUUAAAAAAGUACAAACACACUGGUGUUAGUUAAAUAAAAACUACCUUUCUGCUGGAUACAUAAGGGAGAAGAAAGUGUAUCCAAACAUGUUUUGUUUAAAAAAAAAAGCUUUAAAGGCAAAGGCAGCAUUAACUGUAGCUAGUGAAUUGACAAGACUGUCUCUGGUCACUGUGAGCCAGGUUUUCAAAGGUAUUUAGGUUCCUAAAGAAUGCAGAUAGGCACCUUGUGGGAUUUUUAAAAGUGCCCAAGCAUGUCCAGUGCCUAACUCAGGGGUGGGCAAACUUUUUGGCCUGAGGGCCUCAUCGGGGUUCUGAAACUGUAUGGAGGGUCGGGUAGGGAAGGCUGUGCCUCCCCAAAGAACCCGGCCACCACCCUCUGUCCACUCCCUCCCACUUCCUGCCCCCCUCAGAACUCCUGACCCAUCCUAUGCCCCCUGCUCCUUGUCCCCUGACCGCCCCCUCCUGGAACCCUGCACCCCUAACUGCCCCCCCGGGACUCCAACCCCCUGACUUCCCCCCAGAGUCCCCUGCCCCUUAUCCAACCCCACCACUCCCUACUCCCCAUCAGGAGCUCGGAGCCCCACCACCCAGAGCAUUGUCGGCAGAGCAAGCUGAGGCUGCGGGGGAGGGAGGACAGCAGGGGAGGGGACGAGGGCAAGCCUCCCCUGCCAGGAGCUCAAGGGCUGGGCAGGAGGGUCCCAUGGGCCCAAGUUUGC